AUGGUAUUGACAGAAUACAACAAUACAUUAAAUUCACAAUUUAAUUUUACUAUUAAUGCUUUAAAUUUGAUGAUCAAUUCAAAUGAAGCAAUUUCUAUUUCACCAUAUUCUUUGAUAUUAGCCUUAACUAUGUGUUACAUAGGAGCUGGUGGGAAAACUGAAAUUGAAUUUAGUAAUUUAUUAUCUUCACAUAUGGAGAAAACAAAAUAUUGUAAUUUUAUUAAAAAAUCAAUUGAUGAUAUUUAUUUAUCAUCAAUAAAUAACACUGAUAUUUACAUUGCCAAUAGACUAUUCAUUCAGAAUAGAUACAAAAUAAAGGAUAAUUUUAAAAAUGAAACUAAAGAAUAUUUAAAUGCAACUUUUGAAAGUGUAAACUUUGGUAAUCCUACAGUUUCUGCAAAGAAAAUUAAUGAUUUUAUAAGUAAUGCUACUCAUCAGAAAAUUAAAAAUUUAAUCAAUCCAAAUAAUAUUAAUCCGUCAACAGUAGCUGUUUUAACGAAUGCAUUAUAUUUUAAAAGUCAAUGGAAAGAGAAAUUUGAUGAAGAUUUAACUACAGAUGAAGAUUUUUUUAUUACAAAAACAGAAAAAAAAAGAGUUAAAAUGAUGAAUAAAAAUAGAAAAUUACUCUAUAAUUCUAAUGAAAAUUUUCACGUUGUAAAACUACCAUAUUUGGAUAAUAAUAGUGCAUUUAUUUUAGUAUUACCUAAAGAGAAAAACAAAUUACAAUCACUUUUAAGUAGUAUUAAAUCAAAUGAUUUUUAUAAUAUUAUUAAUUCAACAACUCAAACAAAUUUAAUAUUUUCAAUGCCAAAGUUCAUAGCUGAAUCAUCUCACAGUUGGAAAGAACCAUUAAUUAAAAUGGGAUUAGUAACAGCUUUUGAUGAUCGUGCUAAUUUCUCUUUAAUAUCAUCAGGAAAUAAUUUAAAAAUUGACAAUGUCCUUCAAAAAGUGUAUAUUGAUGUCAAUGAAGAAGGAACAGAAGCUGCAGCAGCAACAGGUAUCAUUGUAGCUUUUAAAUCUUCUUCAAUAGAUUUGGAUGAAAAAAUUGUUGUCAGAGCUGAUCAUCCAUUUUUAUAUUUUAUUUUACAUAAUGAAAAUAUUCUUUUUGGAGGAGUAUACCAAUAA